AUGCAGAUAAUCUGGCGCGACUCCGCGCCCGCCGCCGAAUACGAGGAGGCCCGCGUGGGCCGAGUCUUCAACCACCGACGUCCCGACCGCUUCCCCCUGGCUGUUGUCAAAGCCACUUGCCAGGAAGACAUCAUCGCAGCAGUCAAACUGGCUAAAGCGAAAAAUUGUCGGCUUGCCGUGCGCUCCGGGGGCCAUUCGUGGGCCGCCUGGAGCGUGCGUGACAAUUCGAUUCUCCUCGAUCUCGGCAAUUACAAGCAGCUGGACGUCGACCCCGCCACUCGCACGGCGAGAGCCACACCCAGCAUGACGGGACGGGAGCUGAAUGGCGUUCUCAUCAAGGAGCACAAUCUGAUGUUUCCCGGGGGUCAUUGUCCGGAUGUUGGGCUCGGGGGAUUUCUGCUCCAGGGCGGGAUGGGGUGGAACUGUCGGAAUUGGGGCUGGGCGUGCGAGCGCGUCCAGGCGGUCGAUGUGGUCACCGCACAGGGCGAUGUUCUACAUUGCAACGCCACCCAGAACCGGGAGCUGUAUUGGGCUGCCCGCGGUGCCGGUCCGGGCUUUCCCGGGGUAGUCUCGAAGUACCACCUCGAACUCAUCCCCUACCCGCGCGACGGCUUCCGCUCGUCCGGCUACAUCUACCCGAUCCGACUCUACCGCGAAGCCUUCAGCUGGAUCCUGCAGGCCACCCCGACCUCCGAUGAAGACACCGAAAUCGCCGUCGUCGCGCAAUACCCCGAGGGAAUGGACGAGCUGUGCCUGUUCGUCCUCUUCGUGACGAUGAAGCACGAUCCCGCGGCCGCAGAAGCCGCCCUCCGCCCGCUGCACGACUCCCGCCCUGCCGGGGCCAUCGUCGAAUGGUUCUGCGAGACCGACAGCUUGGAGAAGCAGUACGAGAACCAAUUCAAAGCCAAUCCGGAGGGCCACCGGUAUUGCGCGGAGAACGCGUACAUCCGGAACGAUGCGGAUGUCCCCGCCGUGCUGGAGGAGGCGUUCACCACCCUCCCUCACCGCAAGGCCUUUGCCCUCUGGUACGCAAUGUACCCCUGCAGUCGGCGCAAGCUGCCAGAUAUGGCGUUGAGUAUGCAGAGCGAUCAUUACUUCGCGCUGUAUACGGUGUGGGAGGAGGCCCGAGAUGAUGCGCGCUGCCAGGGGUGGGUGGCCGAUGUCAUGCAGAAGGUGGCGCCACAUGCGGUGGGGGCGUACUUGGGGGAUUCGGAUUUCCAGGUGAGGAAGACGAAGUUCUGGGCGGAUGACAAUGCGCGCAGGCUGAUGGGGUUGAGACGGCGGUUUGAUCCCGAGGGGCGGAUUUGUGGGUAUCUGGAUAAGGGGGAUACGUCGGGGGUACGGGGGUUGGCUAUUGAAAGUGAGGUUAAGUUGUAG